AUUGUUACGAUGAAACGUACCGGAAGUUGUGUUUGUGUUUCCGAUAGUUUCACUUUCAGCUUUGCGUCAAGUAAAAGACACGGAAGUUCACUUCUCGUACGUUUUUUUGUGGAAGACGGCAGGACCACUUGUUUCCCACCAAGAAACCUUGUGUGUCAGCUCUCAGCUUCAUCAUGGCCGCAGAAGAAGUUUAUUCCCCAACAACGGUGCCAAACCCGAACGCCGUCUGUUGUCUGGUGCCGUCCCAAUACCUGGACCGAGUACGCUUCAUCGUCAAGGUCUUGGAAGUGCUGCUGUCACUGGUGGCGUUCAUCCUGGAGGAGGUGGUGUCCGUCUGCAUCAACUGCACAGCUCUGGAGUUCUUUGAGUUUGUCAGCUGCACGUCGUUCCUCUUCACCACGCUGCUCCUCAUCCUCCUCUCCACCACGCUGCACCGCAGGGUGGCCAUCACCUGCUGGUCCAGUCUGGACUUUGCGUACACGUUUCUGAUCGCCAUUUUUUUCUUCAUCGCCUCCACGACGUUUGCCGCCAUCAACGGCGGCACUUCUCUGGAGAAAAGCGCUGUGGCGUUUGGCUUCCUGGCGUCCUUUGCGUUCAUGGUCGACCUUUUCCUAUUUUGGAGGACGUACCAGCUUCCCUUUGGCAAAGGGAAGAAGGCGCAGCCGACGAACGGCAUCCCACCGGCAGAAAGGGACCAGGAGGCUCAGGCGGAAACAACAAAACUCAACAGGGACGCCACAGUAGUAGAGUGAUUUUUUUUUUUUUGUUUCUGUGCUCUGUGGGCGCCAUGAAAGGUCAAACAUUUGACACUUUAGGAGGCGCUCACGUCUCCCACUUGCUGGCCUGAUUUCCGCUCUUUGUACUACUGAGGCCAGACACUCAGGAAAUAAACAAUCGCCUUUCCACUCAAAGGAGACAUAUGUUUUUUAAUUCACAAUUCAAACUAGCCUCCGGUUGUCUUAGAAAGUUUUUCGAAUGAUGGAUGUAUGGAUGCCAGUAGGGCUGGAAAGAGUGUACCAACACUGCAGCUCUGCUUAUCUUUUGAUGAUGGUGGGGGCGGUGUCAUAGUCACAUCUUCAGGAAAUAGAUAAAAGAUUUACUCGGUUGAUUAAUUACAAUCUUGAUUGCUGGUCAGGCACUGCACACACACAAAAAAAUAUUUGCAUACGUGAUGUAAUCAAUUGUCCAUAAUAUGUCCCCUUUAAGCAAGUUUGUAAAUAUUCUGAAGUUAGUUUAUAGGAACGGAAAAGGUGAUGUACUUUAUUUUUUGUUCUUGUUGUUUACUGUCGUCAUGCAAUCAAACAUCGCCAUUUUUGUUUUUUUUAAUAAUAUUAACCUCUAGGAAAAACUAAACUCCAUUUUGUGUUACUAACAGUCGAUUACAGAAUAUUGUUUUUUUUUUCCCUAAAGCUUUCUGUGAUGCUUUGUUUAGAUGAAAUGUUAGAAACUUUGCUUACACUUUUAAAACUUGAAGCUUUCUGUCAAAAUGCCUUAAUCUUUUGUGCUAUACAGUCAUAAUGCAAAAUGAAAGUUGAAGCAUGAAUGUUUAAAUUUUCUUUUUCCACCCACUCUUUUUACCCUCUUGGCCACCACCCAAAUGGUAAAUGAGUAGUAAAUAUUGUAUUUGCAAGCAUUUUUUAUUAGUUCCAUGUCUCAGGUGUCCACUCUUGGUUGAUUCUGACAAAUAUAUACCUGUUAACAUUGAAUUGUAUGCCCAGAAAAUUAUGCAGACCGAAACAGCUUAAUCAAAAGUGUUUUUAAACUAAAACCCAAUUUUAUUUUUAAAGCUAAUAUUGCAGACAUGUAUUAGAUAAAAUGACAGCUCACUUUAUUCUAUUUUUAUAGCAUUGAUCUUUGCAGAUGUCUGUCAUAAUAAAAAUGUCUACUAUU